GAAAGGCAAAUAAAGAGAGAGAGAGAGAGAGAGAGAGAGAGAGAGAGAGAGAGAGAGAGAGAGAGAGAGAGAGAGAGAGAGAGAGAGACACAGAAACGAAAAAAUAAACACAAAAAGAAAAAAGAGAGAGAGAAAAAAGAGGGGGGGGGACGCUCACAGUCAAGGUUAGAGAAAUGGUGAGAUUAGUGAGCAAAUAACAUUAAUAAAGUAAAAGAAAAUAAGAAAAAAAAAAAAACAAAAAAGAAAACGAAAAUAAGUAGGAAUAAAAAAAAAAAAUAAAAAAAAAAAAAGAGGAAAAAAGAGCAAAAAAAAGGAAAGAGGAGAUAGGGAGAGAGAGAGAGAGAGAGAGAGAGAGAGAGACACAGUAACGAGUAAAUAA